AUGUCUGAUGAAUUUUCAUUGGCAGAUGCUCUACCAGAACAUUCGCCUGCCAAAAAUUCCACUGUGAACGGUACAAAACCUGGUCAACCACCACAGUGCUGGCAAGGUUCCAGUCCUUGGAAUAACCCAAGUGCUCCACCUUCUGUGCCAGCUGGACUUCCAUCAAGUGCAUCACCUUCCAGUGUGCCUUUUGGACCUACGCCCACAGGAAUAUAUCCUUCAGUGCCUGCUGGACCACCCCCUGGACCACCAGGGCCUUUUCCUCCCUCUGGACCAUCUUGUCCUCUCCCUGGUGGUCCUUAUCCAACUCCAUCUGUGUCAGGUCCUGGCCCUACAGGGCCAUAUCCUACACCAAAUAUGCCUUUUCCAGAGCUUCCGAGGCCAUAUGGUACACCCACAGAUCCAGCUACAGCUGGUCCUUUAGGGCCAUGGGGAUCCAUGCCUUCUGCACCAUGGACACCAGGAGUGGGAGGGCAGUACCCUACUCCUAAUAUGCCAUAUCCAUCUGCAGGGCCAUAUCCUACUCCUCCCCAAGCACCAACGACAGCACCACCUAUUCCAUGGGGAGCUGUCCCACCUGGAGCAUGGGGACCACCUGCACCAGCUCCAUUCCCUGCACCUAUGGGUUCAUAUCCUGCACCAGGACUCUAUCUUACUCCUAAUAAUCCUUUUCAAGUGCCUUCUGGACCUACUGGUGCUCCACCAAUGCCUGGUGGUCACCAUUCUUACCAUUGAGUUUUUGAUGGACAAUGAGACGACUCUCUACUUUCCAGAGUAUGUGUAUGUAUGUAUGUGUAUACAGUAUAAGUGUGUGUGUAUAUAUACUACACACACACACACACACACACACACACAUUAAAAAAUUCUGAUUUCAUUGCUUAUGGGACAUUUCACAAAUAGAGUCUCAGACAACUCAGAAGACUCAGCUCUUGGAUCUGGAUAUAUACUUGGAAUAAUUAGAGAUAAUAUUGUAAACUUAAAAUUAUUCAUAUGUAUUUUUCAUUUGUUAUACUAAGGGAAAUCAAAGUGAUUAAGUGUAUUGACUAACUUUUGGUGGAAUUUGUGGAAUAUUCAUUUUUUAAUUAUGAAACCACACACUUAAGAAAUCUAUGUUGAUAUGGAUACUAAUAUCCUAGAAGUUUUUGGAAAUUAUUUCAAAUUUUUUUGGACAUCUUUGUUUCCCUGAAUAUAUUUCUGACAAAUCAUUUUGCCAUAUGUUUUUUAAAAAAACAAAAAAGACCAAAUAAAUGCUUCUGAGUAUUUUGAACAGUGUUGUCUACAGAGUAAAUAAAUUUUGUGCUCCCAGGUUAUAAUUCUGGAGUAAAUGAUUAAAAAUAAGAGUUAUAAAUUAAUGCUUCUCAAGUCUUAAGAAUGGUUUUGUUAGUGUGUAUAUCCUUGAACACUGAAUAUUAAAUAUUCUUGCUUUCUACCAGUUA